UCGCCGGAGCAUGGAUCCUCCACGGCGCCGGUCGCCGGAGUACGACUCCCUCCUCCUCGCCGGCCCGCGCCUCGGCCCGCUCAGGCAGGCCCACGCGCGCCUCGUCGUCGCCGGCCACGGCCGCUCGCUCCCGCUCGUCACCAAGCUGGCCACCCUCGCCGUCGCCGCGGGCGCCGCGCCCUACGCGCACCUCCUCGCGGCGUCCCACCCUUGCUGCGACUCCUUCCUGCUCUCCUCCCUCGCCCGCGCCGCCGCGCAUCGCGGCCUCCCCGGCGCGGCCGUCGCCUUCUACGGGCGUCUCCUCGCCGCCGCGCUCCCCUUCUCCAGCUUCGCCUUCACGGGCGUCGCCAAGGCCUGCGCCGAUCUCUCCGCGCUCCGCACUGGCAUGGCCGUGCACGCGCAUUCCAUCCUUCUCGGGUUCGGCUCCGAUCGCUUCGUGCAGACGGCGUUGGUUGUGCUCUACUCCAAGUGUGGCCGUCUACACAUUGCACGCAAGCUGUUCGACGCAAUUCGUGACAAGAGUGUGGUCGCUUGGAACGCCAUGAUCUCUGGGUAUGAGCAGAAUGGGCUUGCUGAGCGUGCCAUUGAAGUGUAUAGGGAGAUGCAGGUGGCUCAGGUGGUGCCUGAUUCCGCAACAUUUGUCGCCACGCUCUCUGCUUGUGCACAGGCUGGUGCUCUUGAUUUGGGACGUGAAGUGGAAAGACGUAUUGUCUCUGACCAGAUGGACGUGACGGUUUUUCUUGGCAGUGCUCUUGUGAACAUGUAUGCUAGGUGUGGUCUUGUGAACAAGGCUCGCGACUGGUUUGACAGGCUCCAAGAGAGGAAUGUGGUCACAUGGACUUCCAUGAUCGCAGGGUAUGGAAUGCAUGGCCACGGUCGUGAGGCGAUCAACCUGUUCCAGUUGAUGAGACAUGAGGGGCCAACACCCAAUGAUGUCACCUUUGUGGCUGUCCUAGCUGCGUGCGCUCAUGCUGGGUUAGUCAGCGAGGGUCGUGAUGCUUUUGAUUCCAUGAAGAGGGUCUAUAGACUUGUUCCUCGUGCCGAGCACUACUGUUCUAUGGUUGAUAUGUAUGGAAGAGCUGGACUUCUUGAUGAUGCAAUGCAGUUUAUACAUGAAUCCAUACCAGAAGAACCAGGACCUGAAGUUUGGACAGCGAUGCUUGGAGCAUGCAAGAUGCACAAGAAUUUCAAUCUCGGAGUGGAGGUUGCUGAGCGAUUGAUUGUUCUAGAGCCUGAGAAUCCAUCCCACCGAGUGCUUCUUUCUAAUAUAUAUGCUCUUUCUGGUAAAAUGUACCAUGUGGAGAAGGUGAGGAAUGUCAUGAUCAAGAGAAGAUUGAAAAAGCAAAUAGGAUACAGCUUGGUUGAGCUAGGAGGUACUGCCCAUUUGUUCCGCAUGGGUGAGAAGUCUCAUCAGCAAACUAGAGAAAUUUACCAAUACUUGGAGGAACUGAUUCAUAGGAUUAGUGAUGCUGGUUAUGUACCUGAAACUGACUCGGUGCUGCAUGAGCUGGAAGAAGAGGAGAGGGAGGUUGCACUGAGAUAUCACAGUGAAAAAUUGGCGGUAGCAUAUGGUCUCAUGAUGAGCAGUGGGAGCACCUCUCCAAUCAGGGUAAUAAAAAACCUGCGGAUAUGUGGUGAUUGCCAUCUCGCAAUCAAGUUCAUGUCAUCUGUGGAAAACAGAGAGAUAAUUGUCAGGGACAAACACCGUUUUCACCAUUUUAAAGAUGGCAGUUGUUCCUGUUUGGAGUAUUGGUAACGGACCCUGGCUGUUGUUAGAUGCACUUAUCAGAUACCAGUGGCACAAGACCAGAGUCCUGGAAUCAUGAAAAAUAUCUAUAUGAAGGAAAAGAUGGCACUCAGACCAAAAGUUGCUGCAACUGCCGUUACUCCAAAUGUUUGAAGUUGUUGAUGAGGAUGAAAGUUAACCAGAUAAUACAGAAGCAUGGUGAUAACCAAGGCCAUGUUCAAACUAAGUCAAACAGUGUGCAGAAGCUCUGAAAUUCAAUUUUGUAAUGUGCUUUGCUCCUUCCCUCACACUCAUGAGACGAAAUGUGCAAGCUAAUUACGAAACGUGUAUAAAAAUGGGUUUGUUUCUUGUUGGAGAGGACUACAGUAAAAGUUAGAUUGUGGAAAACAUUCGUCUUUGAUUUUGAACAAAAUUAGUAAAGAUGCAAAAAAAAUUGAAGUUCUGUAUUUUUUUCCUAGAGAUCUAGUGUGAUUCAGUUUAUUGAAUUGUUAUUACUCACAACAUUUGGUAACAGUGAAAAACUUAUAAGUGGUUUUAGGUUCCAAUGUCCCAUAAUCAGCUGGUUCUCUUUCAUUGAAAUAUUGCAGGGUCCAUAAUUAGUUGCACUUGGGAAAGCUUGCGUUGUGAAAACCGUUUUUAUCUAUCUUUUUUUUUUAUCUAUCUAUGUUCCUUUUUUUCGUCAGAAAGCUGGGAGAACGAGCUUGCUGAUAGUUUCUUCUUCCAGGGCUUCCUAAUCAACAAGGUACAGCUGUACAGGUCUUAAGGUCACUAAAAUUCAUUCAAAUUGGAAGACGUUUUGAAAAAACCAGGCACUUUUGAGAGCAAUAUACUGGCUUCGGGUAUGAGCCCAGCUACAAAAGUGGUAUGAGAACAAGGAACUCAUACACGUUGCAUGCCGAAUUCUGGAGUCAACGGUCACGUAAAUAUUCGCCAACUUUGUAUGAAGAUUUACAGCUAGGAGAGCUGCGUAAGAUGUAUCUCUCCUUUUCUAUUGGCGUGUCAUAAACUUCUGUCUCGUCAUCUUUUGAUUUUGUUGCACUUGAUCGAACAUCGAUUAAAUAACUUUCAGUCUGAUUGUUUGGCUUUUUUAGGAAAAAGCAAACGGCAUAUUU